CCGUUGCGUCGGCCCAUCGCCGCUGUCGUUACCGGUGCUCAGCGCCGGCAGGCUCGUCGUGGGCUGUGUGUCUAUCCAUCCCAUCGAUCGGCCCACCGCUCGCUUCGCCCUUGGCACGCUGCCCCCGCUGCCCGCGUUGCAUUUCUUGGCUCCCUCGAUGGACCCUGGCCGACCUCCCGCUCUCCAUCUUGCGCCUCUCCCCGGCUCGUCCCAUCCGUCGAGCUGCCCUGCUUCUGCCAUGGACGAGCAAGACAUCCUCUCAAACUCCGUGUGGGAGGACUACCGGCCCUCUCCGCCUGCAUCGUCCAACAUCCAUGUCUCGCUGCACUCGGUCGACUCGGGCUCCCAGAUCUUUGGGGAACCCCCGCUGCCAUCGUCGAGCCAGGGCCUGAACGAGUCUGCAUCCGCCGCCGACGGUGCCGUCUUUGCCUCGACCGAGGAUCUCGCCGAGCCCAGCACCAUCGCAAGACGAGCCGAGUCCUUCUCGGCCUUCCAGACAGACCAGCCCGAGGCAUCGGUGUUUUCGUCCUCUGCCUCGCUCGUCGAGCCUCAGUCGAUCCAGCAUCGGACCGAAUCGCUGUCUGCGUUCGUCGUCGAUGACCAGCCUGCUCACCCCGGCAAUGGGAUGCAGGCCGUGGCUUCUGUCUUUGACUCGAAUGAAGAGCUCGUCGACCACCAGUCGGCCUCCGUGCUCAAGUCCGAGUCUCUCUCAGCCUUUGCGGGCCAGCCGUCCGAGGCCAUCUACGAGUCCACCGAGGAUCUCAAGGACCUGCCGCCGGACCACCAGAGCUCCGAGUCGCUCUCGGCAUUUGCAACUGGGGCCGAUGCCCGCACUUCUGCUUUCUCAUCCACUCAUGAUUUGGUCGAGCCAACAACCAUCGCCACUCUCACCGAGACCUUUUCGGCGUUUGAUCUGGCUCGCAGCAGCGACAACGUCUUUGACUCGACCACGAGCCUUCCCGAGCCCGCUGGUGCUUCCCGCACCGACUCGUUCUCAGCCUUCGAUGUCUCCAAAGACCAGCCCGUUUUUGCAUCGACGCAGAGUCUCAGGGAACGCGACCCUUCUCCCGCACCAAUCUUUGACGAUCCGCUGCAGGCCUUCUCGACGACAGCUGCAGCAAAGUACCAUCCCCAAGCCGAUCCCUGGAUCCGCGACGAUGCCCUUCUCGAUGAUCCGCUCUCGGCCCACACGCUUGGGUCGAAUGCGGACAGGCACUCGCCCACCAACCCCUCCUCUCACAUCACUGCUGGCCUCGACAAGCUCCUGGAUCCUCUCCGAUCAAGUGUCGUCGACUCGCCUCUGCAUCUGCACAGCGGGGCUUCGGGUGAACCGGCCCGCGCCAUUCCUGCUACCGGGCAGCUGCACGGCGCCAGGCUCUCCGAAGGUCGAGAACAGCACGGUGUCCCAUCGUCGUUUGUCUCCGAUGCUGCCUCGAUCACUCCAAUUGCUCCAUCGGACCGGGAUGGCCGACGUUCCGAAGACGACGUUAGCGUCCACGAGACCGAUCCCUUGGGCAUCAACACACGCGCGGCCAAGUUUGUCUAUGACGAUAGCUUUUACGCCCAUGCUUCGUCGACAGCCAGAGCGCCGGGCCCAAAGGACCCUCCGCGAUCGGCCUAUGGCGAUACAGCGAUACCGCAAGAAGCUUCUCCCAAGCGGCCUGAUGGAAACGGCUACAGCUACGAGGUAUCAGUCGGAGAGCCCCAAAAGGUGGGCGAUGCCAUCAACCCUCACAUGAUAUACAAGGUUCGCACCAAGACCAACGACCCAGCCUUCCGAAACGCCGAGUUCAGCGUCUCGCGACGUUACCGCGACUUUCUGUGGCUCUACAACCAACUCGUGAAUCGGUACCCCGGAGCCAUCGUCCCGCCUGUGCCCGAGAAGCACGCACUCGGCCGUUUCCAGGACGAAUUGGUCGAGAUGCGCCGGUCUUCGUUUGAGCGCUCGCUCCGCAAAAUGGUCAACCAUUCGAUUCUCCAAAACGAUCAGGACUUGCGUAUAUUCUUGGAGUCGGAGACGUUUGUGCACGACGUCACCCAAAAGAAGAGGGAAGAGUCCAAGGGAUUUAUGGGAUUUUUGGGCGAUGCCAUGACCAAUGCAAGCCAAACCUUUGUGAAGUACGUCGAAGUUGAUCAGUGGUUUGAGGAUAAGAAACGACAGCUGGACAUUCUCGAAACUCAGCUACGCUCAAUGUCCAGAGCACUCGAGGCUUUGGUGAAGCAAAGGAAAGAGAUUGGCGCAGCCAUGUCUGAGUACGGCGAGAGCUUUGCCUCUGUCAGCAAGAUCGACAGCAGUCGGCCCAUCUCGCAUAACAUCCUGUUGAUCGGCAACAUAUACAAGCAAGUCAAGGAAAUCUAUGAUCGACAGGCAAAGCAUGAUAUCAACCAUCUUGUCAUUGUCGUCGAGGAGUACAUUUUGACCAUGGGAUCGGUCAAGACGGCGUUUGCUGCUCGCAGCCGGGCCUAUUCGCACUGGCAGACAUUCGAACAGCAAUACUACCGCAAACAGGAUGCUCUCGAGAAGCAGCGUGGGGCCAGCAAGCUCCGGUCAGACAAGAUCCAGCAGGCGCAGAGCGAGCUGCUCGAGGUCGAGAAGCAGACGCGCCAGGCCAAGACUGAGUUCGAGACCAUCUCGGCUCGGCUUCGGGCUGAACUGGAGUACCUGGACCAGGAAAAGAUUGCCGACUUUGCCCAGGCGCUGCGGCUUUAUCUCAGGUCGCUCCUGGAGAGCCACCAGGAGAUCCAGCGACUUUGGGAGUCGUAUUUCGCCUCGGCUGUCCCGAUAUAGCCUCCUGGGUUGGUCGACAUGGACAGAACACAAGCCGCAUGUGUCUCCAUUUCCUGCCUCAGGCAAUGCAAACCACAGCGACAGCAGCAAUGAUAGAAACAGCGACGAUGGUGCCAGAGCGUACCAAACACGACUCGGACUUUGGUCACAGUACCCGCAACAAACGGACCAAUAGCCCCCCCCUUCCGUUCCACUAUUGGUGGCAACUCUCUUCCCUGAAUACAUCCAUGUUCAUCCAGGGUAUCCAUCA